AUGAAUGAACCAUUUUCCCAGUGGCUAGUUUCUCGACACAUCUCUUAUAAAGUAGAGAAUGUCACAGAAACCUAUGACUGCGAGGUCUUUGCUUCAAAUGGUAGUCACAUUCUUCCUCAUUCAGUACCUAUGAAGCAUUAUUAUGUGGAUAGAAGAAGACAAUCAAAUGAUUUCCCACCUCAGGUAAUGGACACAAUUGACAAUUAUCUCAAUGAUUUGGAAUCCUAUGCAGUUGAAAAAGCCAAUGUUCUCAAUGAUAACGGUGAACCCAUAGUAGAAUCUAUUCUUCAAAAUGGUAGAGGUGAUUUUGAACCGGUCUGGUCUGAUUCAAGAAUACAGAGCCCUGCAGAUCUCCUAUUACCAUUAAAUCAUAAAUUGAAAGUUGAAGAAAUAAAUCCUCCGGCAAAUAGUGUUUUUUGGUCCCCUUCAAUUAGCAGUAAUAAUUUAUCUUUUAAAAACAAUCUAUUUGUAAUUUACGGUAGCUUAUCAUUCAUCGUGAAAGAUUUUUUGGUGGAGAUACAUAGAUUGGAUGAACCUUUUGACUCCUUUACGAAUGGUCCGAAAUGUGCCCUCUUUGUUGUUCACUGGAAUAUCUUAAUGUCAAACGAAACCUUACACUUGUUAGACGGAGAUAGAGUUGCACAACCCAGUCUGAACCUUAGACAUUCAAUCAACUUCAUCAAAGUUAGUAAAUUCUGGAAUAAAGAUGUUAUUUCAAUAUGUCUAGACAGAGGUAUGGUUCUAAUCUACGAUUUGGAAUCAGUUGCUAACGAGUUCAAUGAGUAUCUAAAAAAGGCUUCUAGAGAUAGUGUCUGGAAUUUCUUAACUACAAAACCACUAGCAGUAUUCAAAACGCCCGACAGUUGCUGGAGCGUUGACAUCAUUUGUACAGAUAAGGUCACCGUGGUAGCGGCUGGCCAUAAUGGGCCCGGUGUCAGUGUAUUCAUAUACGACAGGUUUGAAAAUAACAAACUGUAUGCAUACGAAAUACCGUCUGAACAUAAUGUGCCAUCCGUGAACUUCAUACCUGGAUAUCUUAGUAGUGACGGAUUUGUGACACUAUCCUAUGCAUCUAUCUAUGGUAAUGUUACGACAGUUAAGAUCAAUACUUCAAAAUUUCCCAACAAUGAUAUUGAAGUAAAGUUUUUAGACACGCAGUUUUUUGGCGAAUAUUGCUGGACAGUGACACCAGUUCACAAAUCACAUUUUGCAAAAGUUCCAAUUUUUGAACUGUUAAACUUAAAUUUCAAGCAGCAAGCAAAAAAAUCAGUUCUAUAUUCCGUUGUUUUAGAUGGUUCCAUCCUGAAACACCAACCCUCUAGUAUUUGCAAUUCGGGGAAUUUUGGGAUAGGCACUUUAACAACUCAAAUACCGGUACCUACAGCUGCAUUAUCUUGGAGAUGUCGGGAAGGGUUGCACGAAGAUAUGAUUUGCUUAAGAUUUACGACGUUCGAUGACCUUGGAAAAAAAUCAUAUGCUAGAUUGAUUCCAGAUCCAGAUAGAGAUGAAACAGAUCCAAUUAUGAUUAUCAAUCAUAGAGAAGCUCAUUCUUGGGAGAGAGUGAUCUUAGAUUUACCAGAUGAUACUUUCAAGCAGUCCUUUUUUGACGAACAUUCUCAAUGGAUUGCAACCUGCUAUAGUGACGAAGAUAAAAAAAAUAACGAUAAAUGGUGGAAUUCUAAAUUCACGAUCAGAUCAUCAACGAUAGAAAACUCAAGCUACGGCCCACAAUUCAAGUUUACAACUCUAGAAGAUGAAGUAAGGAGUAUAGAAGCAAAGUUACUUUCAAAAUCGCAUGAAAUCAAAUAUGCUCUCAAGAUGAAUGGUAAAAUAUCACCAGUUUUUCCACACCUUCAUGAUACACUAGUUGGAAGAUCAAAGUUUUUUGACGGCCAUCAACCAGGGAAAUGGUCUGAUAUAAGUGGAUAUGGUUUAGAUGAAGCAUUUAACGACCCAAUGAUUAGUGGUAAUACGACUAGACAUAGCUCACCUAAUCCAUCAAAUGCAAGGGCUGGAAGUGAUACUACAAUUGAAUAUUAUGAACAAAAAGAAUGGGCUUUGCAUAAUCAUAUAAGAAAAGUUUGCAAGCUAUUAGACAACAUUGAACCUGGAUCUGAAUCAAGUGCAAAUGGCUAUAAGUUGAAGGAUUAUGACGACAACUUCUUUUUUGUAACAACUGCCCACAAACUUUAUCUUGUGAAGGCCAAUCCUCUAAUCAUAACAUCUUACACUAUGGAUGAUAUUUUUCCUGUAAAUGAUGUUUCUGUGUGCUCAGAAUACGAAUUAUUGAAGUGCUUGAAUAGAAUUAAUUUUGUUUGCCAUAUCAAAGAAUUUAAUUGUCUAGUUGUCGCAUCACAAUUAGGUUUAAUAUCACUUCUAAAGUUAACUGAAUACAACGGAAUUUACUCUUUUAGGCAAGAGUAUGUUAUUGGCUGGCAUUCACAAGAUCCUGCAUUCCCACGCCCUGAUGAUGACUGUAUCCUUUCUAGAAUCGAAGGCACCCCACAUAUGUGGAGGUGUGAUAUAGAUGAUGUCAGUUUCCCGUUUUUCAAUAUCACUGGUAUUGAUUAUAGCUAUGUUCCGUAUGAUGAUGUAAACGGCAGGGGUGAUUACGCCAUUCUUUAUGUCCUCGCGGAUUCCACUUUACAUAGAUUCAACAUAACAGCUCCUUUAGGAAUUAGUGUUAAAAACUAG